AUGAGAAUACUGCUAUUACUGAUUGCCAUGUACAAGAUGUCACUGGCAGCUGAAAUCAAACCAUUUUCCUUUACAGAUCAAUCAUCUGCAGAUGUAUCAAACUAUGUGGUUGGAGAAGAAGAAGCAAUUUGGUUACUUAAAUUGGUUCUUCCUUACUUGAACGAGUUCUUAUUAAAGCUGAGGGCACUUUUUUCUGGUGAUCCUUCAACAACAAUGAAGAUGGCAGUGCUGCUGUUUGUUUUGGCCAGGUGUGGUAGCUUUAUAACAAUUUGGAAAAUGGCUAAACUAGGUUUCUUUGGCGUUUUCAUUGUUCCAAAACUUUGCACUUCUUAUUCUCACCAAUUAAGUGCAUACGGUAUAAUGCUGUUGUUAGAAACUGCUCGAUCAUUCGAAGCAUCACUGAUUUCUGUAGGCGUGCAUGGGACAUUCUUUUCUGCCAUGUUCCUCGCGAAGCAAACAAAGGUACUGAUUUUAUGUUCAAGCAAUUUCAAGUAUCUAUCUCAAUUUGCAAACUUUCGAAAAUCCUCCUACUGGGUUACACCAUUUGCUUCUUGA